AGAGCAUUACGGAUCUGCAGACUCCACUUGCCUCCCUAUUACAGUGUAUCAUGUUCGCCAUGGAGUUACAGUGCUACUAAUUAGCGAUUUACCCCACGGUUAAUUUUUAAAUAUAUAUAUUUUCCUCGCAUUAUUUUGGUAAUUUUCGCGCAGUCACAGCUUUCGGGGCGGUCCGCGUUGUUUCAAGCCGAAGCAGUCGGUGUCAGGAGGACUACACUGUUUUGUUGAUGUCAUCCGCGGCAGCAUAGCCGUAGCGACCUUCAAUUUCUAGGCAGAAGCAGGAUAAAUAAAGACUCGCACUGUGGGCUCUUUUAAUUUGUUUGCCCUGUUUUCUUUUUAUUUUGCUUUUAAAAUACCAUCGCUAAGGAUGAGACUUUUGCUGCAGUGUGUCCUGCUCUUAUCGCUCUUCACUUUCAAAGCCGCCGGUUUAGAUUUUAAGCUGGAAUCCCGAGCCUCCGGACAGUUGUCUUUUGUGAAGCAGGCAGACAGCGGAGCGAGACUCGUGAAGAGGUCUCUGCAAGCCUGGCUCCCCGCCGCAUCACGGCUCCACAAGAUAAGGCGGAGGAGCGCCGGAGGAGAGCAGGUCGACACCUGCCAGGCUCUCAAAGGAUACGAGCCCAAGUUGGCAGCCAACACCCACCGUUAUACCUUCAAUGACCUGAGUGGUUCAGUGUCCCUGGCCUGGGUUGGAGAUGGCACUGGGGUCAUCCUGGCACUGACUACCUUCCAGGUGCCCUUCUUCAUGAUGAAAUUCGGUCAGUCCAAACUCUACAGAAGUGAGAACUAUGGGAAGUCUUUCCAGGAUAUCACCGAACUGAUUAACAACACCUUCAUCAGGGCAGAGUUUGGAAUUGGCAUCAGCCCUGAGAACUCGGGCAAAGUGAUCCUGACCUGCGAGGUGUCUGGAGAGGAAGAUUCUCGAAUCUUUGUCUCUAAUGACUUUGGAAAAAGUUUUACCAACAAAAACCUGCCCUUCACACCACUGACCCAGAUCACAUACAACCCUGAGGAUUCCAGUGUGUUGCUGGCCCUCAGCAUAGACAAUGAAAUGUGGCUCUCUGAAGAUUUUGGCAGCAACUGGAAGAAGACUCACAACAUGGUGUGUCUGGCAAAGUGGGGAAGAGGAAAUACAAUCUUUUUUACAGCCAGUAAUAAUGGCUCCUGCAUGGAUCGAGGAAUGCUGGAACUGAAGAAGACCUCAGACUAUGGCAAGACCAUCAAGACUGUUGCCAGUAAGAUCUACUCCUUUGGCCUGGGCGGUCGCUUCCUCUUCGCAUCUGUGAUGACAGGAAAGGGCACACUGAGGAUGAUCCAUGUAUCUGUGGACAAGGGGGAAACCUGGAACAUGGCCCAGCUGCCUCCUGUUGGUCAUGAGCAGUUUUACUCCAUUCUGGCAGCAAAUGAUGAAAUGGUUUUCAUGCAUGUUGACGAACCCGGAGAUACAGGCUUCGGCACCAUCUAUGUAUCAGAUGACAGAGGCACUGUGUACUCCAAGUCACUGGAGCGGCACCUUUACACCACCACAGGGGGCGAUACAGACUUCACCAAUGUCACCUCACUGAGAGGAGUUUAUAUCACCAGUAUCCUGGGCGAAGGUGAUUCUGUGCAGUCUGUCAUUUCCUUCGACCAGGGGGGAGAAUGGGUUCCUCUGAGGAAACCUGUGAACAGCAAGUGUGACGCUACUGCCAAGGACCCAGCGAAAUGCAGCCUCCACAUCCAUGCAGCCUACAGCACAGCCAUGAGGCUGAAUAUUCCCAUGCUGCCCAUGAGUGAGCCGAACGCUGUGGGGCUGAUCUUAGCUCAUGGAAGUGUCGGUGAUGCCAUCUCAGUGAUAAACCCUGAUGUUUACGUCUCUGAUGAUGGAGGGUACACCUGGAUCAAGGCCCUGGAUGGACCUCAUCACUACGCCAUUCUGGACUCUGGAGGGCUUCUGGUGGCCGUGGAGCACAACCCCAACCAACCAAUCAGCAGGAUCAAGUUUUCCACCGACGAAGGACAGUGCUGGGCUGUGUAUAAUUUCACUGAUGACCCAAUCUACUUUUCUGGACUGGCCUCAGAGCCUGGUGCUCGUUCUAUGAACCUGAGUCUGUGGGGCUACAGGGACUCCCUUCUCAGUCAGUACUGGGUUUCCAUCACCAUUGACUUCAAAGAUCUCCUCACCAGAACCUGUGAAGACAAAGACUAUGUGCAGUGGUUGGCUCACUCCGAUGACAUCAGCGACCCCAACGACGGCUGCAUGUUGGGCUACAAAGAAAAAUUCCGGCGGCUCCGAAAGGACUCUGUUUGUUUGAACGGACGGAAUUAUUUUGUCAACACCCAGCCUACUCCAUGUUCCUGCACCCUGGACGACUUCUUGUGUGAUUUUGGGUACUACCGUAAAGAGAACAGCUCAGAGUGUGUGGAACAGCCAGACCUGGCAGGAAAAGUACUGGAGUUCUGUCUUCACGGUAAAGAGGAGCAACUGCAGACCAGUGGCUACAGGAAGAUCCCUGGUGAUAAGUGUGAGGGAGGACAGAUGCCUGAGCGCAAAGAGAUUGACCUCAGUAAGAGGUGUGUGAGUGACCUGGUCAACCCUGAACUCCUGGUGGUGAAUCACUCCUCCAGGUCUGUCCUCGUCGUGGUAACCAUCGUCAUCGUCAUGCUGCUCAGCGUCGCAGCAGGAGUUCUCUUUGUCAAGAGGUACAUCUGCGGCGGCAGGUUCUUGGUCCACAGGUACUCUGUGCUGCAGCAACACGCAGAGGAAAACAUUUCUGCGGACAUCGACGAUCCACUGGAGACCAACCAUGUUCAAAAUGGCAAGAUAGAGUUCCACGACGACUCAGAUGAGGACAUGCUUGAAUAACAGGUACGACCUGUCCUGCACCUAAGCGACAGGUUUCCAGUCCACCUAGUGCCUGGCUGCUGUUCCUGUCUCUCUUUUCAACUCCAGCUACUUCUUCCUUUCGUCUUCUAGCAUGAACAUUGGCCUCAGCUUCCGGACAAAGAGUCUGUGGCAAACAUCUGGGAAGUGAAGAGUGAAUGUACCGAGGCAUCCUGGGACUAAAGCACACGUGACAGGAGCUAAGGAGACCUUGUAGUGCGGUGCUUCUGUUGUAAUUCUAAUGAUUAAUUUUAGGUCUACAGGUUUAACAGAGAACUGACACAAUGCUUUGAACUGCUGAAAGAAAGUUAUUCUUAUAAAUUGAUCAUCAUUAUAUUAUGGGUCAUGUCCACCACUGGAAAAUUAUAUUCUUAUUUAUGCUAAUGACCUAUUACUUUUUUUUUCUUUCACUUGUACAUAAACGCCCACCCUCCCCCCACCCCCACCUUUUUGCCAUUUGUGGUAUCAACAUGGUAUUAGAAGCAGGUAGAAAAGCAACUCCUUCUUAAAAUGUUUUUCUUGUUUAUAUAUAAAAAAAAAGUUAAAAUGUAUUCCCUACAAAAGCCAAUAAUGUGUAAAUUUCAAGCCUUAGCUUUGGCAAUUUUACACUUUUGUCAUCAUCUUUGCAGGGGAAACAAGCCUGUAAAUUUAGUAACUGUGACACCGAGCUCCACAGUCAAAGUAAUAAGAGACAAAUGGAGAUGUCCAUUUGCAUUAGAUUUGAUAGCAAUAAUAUGUGAAGGCUCAGUGCACGAGGCGGCCGUGCACAUGAACUCACAGGUCUCCUGUGUUUUGACUAAAUGAAUGGGGACAGUUUUGCAUCAGCGUGUAAAGUGGUGAAGUGUUCCAAGACAGGAUUUCUCUAAGGUGUAAUGUCUGCAGUUGUAACUGCCUAAAGCACAAGGUUAUUCCUGUACCAAGAGUUAGCAGUUGGACAUUUUGUCCUCAGUUGUUCCUAAUGUGAUAGUACUGAAAUAAUCACUGGUGUUUGUUCAUAACUGUGUGGUUCUUGCCUUCAGGUGGCCAUAACAAGAGAGUUAAGCUUCCACAGUCUUGUUUAAUAUUGUAUGUAAGUUCACUACCUCCCCUGCAGGGGGUGCUUGAAACACAUUUUUGAUAUGCUGGUCCACAACAUACGUGUUUCAAAGUUGAAGAAUUCCUCUCUGUGUUGGACAUGUCUGAGCCCAGCUCCACUGGUUUCCUCCCGUAUUUGGUUAAAAAUCAUUUAAAACCUUAACAACUACAAUCUCACCAACCAUAAUAAUAUAUGAUUAAUAUUUGCACUCCACGGCAGAAAUUAAGUCUUGUUUUAGGAUUUAAGGUAGAUAUUGUCAGUUUCUUCUGAUGUUUGGGUAUAAGCUACUCCUCCUUUAUUGACACCAAGCGUUUUCAAAGUUGCACUACUGCCACCUGCUGGGUCUGUUUUUUAACUGAUAAAUAUCUCAACUUGGAAACAGCCCUGCAUUUUGCAAACGAAAAAAAGGGCCACAAAUUUGUCUGUUUAUUGCUUUUCCAGAAUUCUGUUUUAUUUUCUAAUUAAUUCCUACGUGCUAUACUAUAAAUAAGAAACAUUAAAUAUCUGUCAAUCACACUGGAAAAAACACAGCUCCUGCAGCUUUUUGCCACUGAACUGCACUCUCCUCUUGAUAAUUUGACUCACUAAAUGUAAGACAGUGUACACUUUUUAUGUAAAAUAGAUCAUAUACUUUAUAUAUCCAACACGAUGGAGUUUUAAUUUGUAUUUUGGCAUAGAAAUAUUUAGAUUUUUAUUUUUAAACCUCAUAGAAACCAAGGCAGACUUUUCAGAGCUCUUGUCGUGGCUCUUUGCAUUAAAAUCCUGAAGUUUUGUACUUACAUUUUGAAAUUGAGAAGUAAAUGAUAAAGAUGUCGAAGCAGAGACGAAAACUAAUGUUUGAUAACUGUCAAAUAUUUUUACACCACAUUUAGAUGAGGCACAGAAACAAUAUAUGAGGGAGAGAGGGUAAGGUACAGUAACUUCCAUGCUGUUUACCUCAGUACACACUGUAUAUGUUAAAUAACACGGCUGACUUGAAGCGUCUUCAGCAAAAUAACAUCGACGGCAUCUGUCUCCCUGUUCACGGUCCUGACACUGUCUCUUUGAAGCUAAACAAACAGAUGACACAUUCACAGGAUUUUUGUCCCACUUUCAACAAUUUCUUGCACAAUAAUCUGCAGGUCUUUCUCUAAAAUCUCUGCAGCUGUUCAUUUUCUGUGACUCCUUCCAAUAAGCUGUCUGUGGUUAUGCAAGUGCCCGGCUAACCUCGAAAUAUAACCAGCGUAACUGAAUGGAUCAAUAUUUAUUUUAGCUGAUGUGUAAACCAUUCAGAUCACUUGCAUCCAUGGCAAUAUUAUAGGAGCUGAGCAGAGGAAGUAGUACACAGUAGUACACAGAUAUUCUGCUGAUUCUUUUCCUGGACUGAGACAAUGGUUCUGGCUAUGAUGGAUUAAUGAACACUUGGUUGUAAUUCAGCUACUGUACACUAGGAGAAGCUGAGAUCGUUAAUGAGGAUGUGUUGCAUUGAGGGUAAUGUAUAUUUUCUUUCUUACACUUUAUACAGAAAUGCUGUACAAGUCAUUGUGAUGGUUCUGUAAAUACACAAGAUUGCAUCUUUGUAUCUGCUGUUGUUCUCACUUCUGUAUAUUUGAGGCACUUUUGUUUGGGUUUGCCAAUAAAUUCAUAUGUUUCUCUC